GGCUGCUCUCCCCAGACUCUCCAAGGAGGCAGAGAUGGAAACAGGAUGAACCUGGCGGCAGGAAACUGCCCCCGGGGUGUCGUUGCCCACUGGCAUCAAUACCAGAUCCGACUAUUUUGGGGACGGAGGUAGAGAGAUUUCCUAUUUUCGUGUCGCUGCUGGAGGAUUAUGGACCCUGGCUGUAACGGUUUGGAUAGCUGUCGACUUGUUUCUUACCGGCUCUGCUACCGCGUUUUUAUUUAUUUUUUAUAUUAUUAUUAUUGCCAUAUUGCCCAUAUUCAUAUUAUGUCAAAAUGUUAAACUGUAGGCUUUUGCGCCGUCGUUGAAGAUGUCUCGUGGCGUCGUGCUUCGCCUCCGUCGGACGCAGGUGCGUUUAGAUUCACAGAGCCGUGGCCGCGCGCCUCUCAAACACCACGCCGCCGCGAUAUUCCGACAGCCGUUAUAGUUCGCGUCUCGCUCUACUGCGCAUGCCCCGUGUGAGCUCCAGAAUGCUGCUCCGACGCCACUCCGCUUCGUCCUGGCCGCGAUGUAGCAGCAGCAGCACCAGAGGCAGCAGCAGCGGCGUUGGGAAGUGGAGAGGAGCGGAGGACUGAAUGAAGGGAAAAACUGGCAAAAGUGGCUCCACCAAAGGAUUUGACCCGAGAUCCUUCGCGAAACCGACAACAGUGCCACGAAGUGAAGGAUGUCAGGGGCACCACAUGCGGAGGCUGAAGCAGGGGUUGUCUCCAAAGUAAAAGUGAAAAAGGAGAUCAAGACAAUCGUGGAGAAUUUGGAGACCAUCCUUGGGGACCUGAAGGAUGUGGCAAAGGAGCUCAAAGAGGUUGUUCACGACAUCGACACCCUGACUGGAGACCUGCAGUUAGAGGAGGACGGACUGACCGACAGCUCGAAGACUGACACGCUCAACUCCAGCUCCAGCUCCACCACCACCACAACAACCGCGUCCAGCCUAGAGAAGAUGAAGCUCUUCCCAGAGGACUGCAUCUUCAAGACACAGGUGCCCAUGAGUCCGGUACCCAUCCAUCAACAUGCAGUUCUGACAGUGCUCAAGAAACCGCAUCCUCCCCUGCCACCGCCGAGACACACCACGCUGAGAGCCGAGGAACACAACGUCAAGAAUCUGCCUCACCCGACUCUGGUCUUAUCAGGGAAUAUAUCCAAGGCUAACGGGUCCAUGCUGAGGAACGGCGGGGUUUUCCCUCUGAAACCGAACAAGGAUUUAUUCUCCUCCACACCGUGCUUCAUCUCGGGCGAGAGCGAGAUGCAAGAAGCGGGUCUGGUUCCCACGUUGCCCAGGCCGAUGCCGCUUCUCCGGCACGAGAAAAACAAAUGCCCCAAGGCCCCCGGGAGGGAGCACCGCGAGAGAGAGCGGGUGCGUUUCAGCGAGAAGGUCCAGUACCACGGCUACUGCCCGGACUGUGAUCUCCAGUACGACGUAGACGACGCAGAACUCCACUUACAGGCCGAGCUAAGCGACCUACGGCUCAGCCCGGUGCACUGCUGCUCUUCCUCCCCUCCUCCUCCUUCUCACACGCACCCUCAUCCACUGAUGUUGGAAAAUGGAGGGCUCUCAGUCAGCCACAGUUUCCCUCCGACGACACACACCCCACCACCUUGUGUGCCCCCUCACACGCCCUCCCUAAAGCCCCAUAAAACAAUCCUACGCAAAUCAACCACCACCACGGUUUGACCCUCGUUAGGUUUCGACUUAAACAUUGUUGGAAAUAAAAGUCCCAGUGUUUUCUACUCCAGCUGAACUUUGGAUAAUCCAAACAAGGAGAGGGGAGGGGGUUGGAAACGGAAAACCAGAAAGGUGGAUAACGUGAGGAGGAAUGGCGAGAAGGGCAUCACCACCGGAGCUGAGAUGUAAAACAGCAAGAUCGGGGAGGGCCCAUUGAGAUGCUCGAGCUCUGAGAGGAGUGGAUGCCGGCUUCACACAAUAAUCGACCCGAGUUGAUCAGGGAGGAGGGAGCCGGAGCUGAACCCAAACACCAGCCUUCUAGUGCUUGAAAGUGCUAAUGGCUCCGAAAACUGACAGGAGACAAUAUCCUCUUCUGAGCAUGAAACAACCUUCAGGCGGCAGCUGUGCAGGUGGAAAAAAACAAAAAAAAACAAAGCAAAACAUUACUGUCGAAAAGCAAGGCAGAGCAAGAAGGCCGGCCACUGUUAUUGACGCGUGUGUUCAAAAAGAGCGGCUGGAUUAAAGGUCCGAAUGCUGCCGAAUCCCAGCUUUUAAAAAGUAAUCAGGAGAAUUUGGAUGAAGAUAUGGGUUGAAAUGAUGUCAGUCGGUGUUUUGAUUGAUGCCUACUCAGACUUCUGCUCUGUACACACUCAGAUGGAAAUCAAUAGCUCCACUCAGCCGAUGGAAUUUGCCUUUAAAGAAUCGUAAUUGCGCGCGGAUUGCGCCCGUCAGGCCCGCCGCGUGAAGAAAAAGCGGCUCCGCUUGACUGCAGAUGAGAAGAAAGCGGUGUUAUGUCAGUAUGUGCCAUGUCCCCACCGUGGACUGUUUCUGUUGGGGCCGACGUUUGGAAAACGAAUCGCGAUGUGGUCACUGAUCUGUGUCUAGCUGUUAACGUUCAUCGUUUAAGUGUUUGCCCAGCUGGUGCCAUGCGUCCAUGCGUACUCCCAGCGGUUAAAACCGCGGAGAGGUUCAGUCCAGUGUGGCAAAUUACAGCUUUACAGGAUCGAUGGGGGGAGGUGACAAUUUGCAUCAAAUUUUAUUUGUAUACAAAUAUACAUGUACAUGUUUGAUAUCUAUAUAUUUCAGGCAUUGUUUUUUCUACAGAGACUUUUAACAUUAAAAAAAAAAGAAGAAGAUAUUUUUGAUAUUAUGUUGGACGACAGAGGUUUAUAGACAAAGUGAGACAUUCCCUCAUGUAGUACUUUUUCCUGAAGGGCAGAAGAAGCACUGUAAAAACGGAUCUAAAAAUAAGUAAAAUGUUCUUAAAGUUAGAUAAUAUUAUCUGCCAAUGGAAUGAGUAU